AUGGGUACAAAUAAUUCAAAAGACUAUGAAUCUGAAGAUGAUUCUCAAACGAACAAUGAUUUAAAUAGUCAAACAUCGAUAUUUUUAAGAAAAAACCAAUCAGUAUCAAAAUUAAUUAAGAAAACAGAUCAUUAUGGUUGGCAAGAAAUUUAUUAUUGUAAUCAUACAGAAUGGCUACAAGGAGUAUAUGAACAAUUUGGCUUUGUUCGUCAUCGAUUUUUAUGUAAUUCUGCAUUACAUAGUAUUUGUGGCCUUGGUUUUUGCUCCGAAGGCAUAUCAAAUAAGAUUUAUCGUCCUCAUCAUAAAACGGAUGCUAAAAGAUUACUAUUUAAACCAUUUCAACGUCAAUUAAAUCAUUUUCAUAAUAAUAAUAAUGUAUCAAAAUCUAAAAAAUUGGCUGAACAUUUUGAAUAUAAUCACGUUCCAGCCAUGAUUAGUUCUCUGCAAAAUUAUUCUGUUCGUGCAAUUAUUAAUGGAGAUAAUAACGUCAUUAUGCUACUUAUUUAUAGUAUUGUGUUAGAUAAAACAAAAUUUAUUAUCGUUGAUUUAAAACAAAAUCGUUAUUUAUGUUCACUGGGUGAUUACAAUGGAUUUCAAGAUGCACAUAAAAUUUAUUCAGCGUGGUCUAAUGAUCGAACAAAAGUCAUUAUACGUAUUCCAUUACAAGUGGGUGAACAACCGAAUCAACAACGAACAAUUUAUGCACUGGAUUUUUAUCAUGUUAUUAAAAAAGAUGGAAAAUUACAUAGACGGGUAUUCUACAUCGAUUCAAUGUCAAAAUUUUCUUAUCAUCCUAAUUAUUGGACAUCUCGACUGGCAAUCUAUGGUUAUUAUGGCAAUUCAACAUUAGGUGUAUAUAACUUCAACACAUCACCCACAUUGAGUAGUACUAAUAAUACAAAUAAUGUUCAAAAUUGGUCAUUCAAAUUAUCAUCGUUGACAAAUAUUGAUAAUGAUAGUGCACGAAAUUAUUUGAGUGUAAUAGAUACAAAUUCAUGGGGAAUAUUAGAAACGACCAAGGAUAAGUUACCAUUGAAUGAUGAUAAUCAACAACGUCAAUUACAAUCGAUUAUUUACACACCCGAUGGUGUUUAUUUAUUGUUAAGUUUUUCUGAUACCCAAUGUCAUUGUCAAACUCUGCAAACAAUACCAUUACGAACAACGUUUGAAAUUUAUAAUAGUGAAACAUUAGAUUAUUUAAAACAAAUAAAUACCAAUAUAUAUACGUGUCCACAUCAUCUUUGUCAUAAUUUAUUAACACCCAUAUUUUCCCCAUGUUCAUCACAAAUGGCAUUGUGUACAACGAAACCAACAUCAUCAAAUAUCCAUUCUCAACAAUCAUCACAAAUUUCUUCACUAAUUUCAGCACAGAUUAUUGUUCAAAUUAUUUUAUUGCCAAAUGAAAUGAAUUUAAAAGCAAUUUGUCGACGAACACUUGUGCGUUAUAUAAAUACCAUCGCCACUAAAGAGAGAGAUAUGAAUUCUAUAACUGAACAAUUGUGUCUCCCAUAUAGAUUACUAAAUUAUGUACGAUACAGACCACAAUACCAGUAA